CGAUUUUAUAAAGCCUAAAACCAGCUUCUUUUCUUCCACUAAUUAACCACAAAGAGAAGCACAACUUCUGCAGAAACCACCAUCACCUAUUGAUCAAGGUCUGAGAGAAGCAGAAAGAGGUUCAUAUGGACCGUGUGAGGUUUAUUACUAUCAGUAGAUGGUGGAGAGGGCCCUGGGGACUGAAGAAGAGUGUGGAAGCAGUGGCAGUUGGAGUUGUUUUAGUUGGUGCUCUUUCAAUCUUCUUGGGCCUUGGAACACAAGAUAAAUCAAGUAGUGCUUGUCAAUUUCCAGCAAUCUACAACUUUGGUGAUUCAAAUUCUGACACGGGUGGUUGGUCAGCUACAUUUUUUCGGCUUCCUUCCCCUUAUGGCAAUACCUUCUUUGGUAAACCUGUAGGCAGGAUCUCAGAUGGGCGUCUCAUCAUCGAUUUUAUAGCUCAUAAGUUGGGUCUCCCAUUUCUUAGUGCAUAUCUGGAUUCUCUCGGAUCAAAUUUCCAUCAUGGAGCAAGUUUCGCAACCGGAGGAUCUACAAUUCAGCCAUUAGAUGGCAGGAUGUUUGAAGCAAGAUAUAGCCCCAUCUCUCUUAACCUACAGCUUUCACAAUUUGCGCAGUUCAAAGCACGUGUAAAUGAGGUUUUCACUGAAGAUAAAAGGACCAGCCUCCCAAGACCAAGCGAUUUCUCCAAGGCCUUGUACACAUUAGACAUUGGACAAAACGAUCUUCAUGCUGGAUUAAGGUUGAAGACUAUGGACGAAGUGCUGGCAUCGAUUUCCAACAUCACUGCGCAGUUAGCUUUGACAAUAGAGCAACUAUACCAAGAAGGAGCAAGAGUUUUUUGGAUUCACAACACAGGUCCCCUUGGCUGCUUGCCUUCAACACUUGCAUAUAAACUGCCAAAACCUGGCGACCUAGACCAAAACGGUUGCUGGAAGCCUCACAAUGAGGUGGCUGAAGAAUUUAACAGACAGCUCAAGGAUAGGGUGUUUAAACUAAGGGCCCAACUUUCAGAGGCAGUUCUUACUUAUGUCGAUCUCUAUACCGCAAGGUACACACUUAUCAGCGAAGCAGAGAAGCAUGGUUUUACUAGUCCUCUAGCUCAAUGCUGUGGAAGUUAUGGUGAUUCCGUCGUCCAUUGUGGGAUAAAAACUAUUGUUAAUGGCACUGAAGUUGAGGCCCUUUGUAGCAAUCCUUCAAAAUACAUUAGUUGGGAUGGGGUGCACUAUUCUGAUGCUGCAAACCAAUGGCUAGCCGACCGAAUUAUGGACGGCGCAUUUUCAGACCCUCCAGUUUCAAUCACUGAAGCAUGCCACAAGCCUCCGCACUUUUGAUUUUACUUCCAAGUACAUAACUAUCUUUUAUAGAUUUGGUAUAUGUGGAAUUUAAACCUUUUUUGAGUGGGGCAUGGAUUUUCUAAGGCCAGGUUGGGCUUUGCAGCAUUCCUUUGAAUCAUAUUUCAUCUUCAGUCUUUGUAAUCUUGGCAUGCCAAACACACACACCAAAAGAGAAACAAAGAAACAACAGAUUUUCUGGACACUUAAUGUGUAAAAUGAUACAGAAAAGAAAGAUCAAUCAAAAGAGAGGGGGCCGAUGAAACGGGGAUGGGGAA